CGGGCGGAGUGGAGCUUUCGCCUGACGACGGGACGCGCCGGCUGGUCCGCCCUCCCGAGGAACCUGCCGCUGCGCCGCCGGGAGGAGGUGGCUCGCUCUCUCUCUCUCGCUCGGGGCUCUUCUUUCCCGGCUGCAAACGAUGCGGCUCCGGGCUGCCUCCCGCGGGGGCUCGCCGGCGUCUCUUCUCCCAGACAGCCUCCAGCAUUUUAACCUGUGUGGUUGCUUACUACUGUGGUGACAAUGCCCCCAAAUUGACAUAUGCCAACAAGCAAUAAUUCAUCAUAUGAAAGGCAAUUCUCAAACAGAUCAAUGAAAACAAAACGAUGACAAGUUGUGGGCUACAGUCCUUGAAUACGCUGAUGGUUGUAUUUUCUGUGCUUCUCCCAACAGCACUGUCUGCACAUUUUCGAGUCUGUGAGCCAUAUACAGACUACAAGGGCCGUGAGCAUUUUGGAUUCCACUGCCCACGUCUUUCUGACAAUAAAUCGUACACCUUUUGCUGUCACCAUAACAACACCGUGUUUAAAUACUGCUGUAAUGAGACGGAGUUUCAGACUGUUAUGCAGAUGAACUUAACGGGGAAUACAGAUGGAUAUAUGCAUAAUAAUUACAGUGCAUUGUUAGGAGUGUGGAUCUAUGGGUUUUUUGUUGUGGUCUUGCUGGUACUAGACCUUUUAUAUUACUCUUCAAUGAACUAUGAUAUUUGCAAACUAUACCUAGCAAGAUGGGGAAUCCAGGGGAAAUGGAUGAAGCCGGAACCAAGCCGGUGGAUUAAACCUUCUCAGGACCCAAGACAAGUACAGACUCAGCCUCAACCUCAGCUUCAAACAUCACAGGCUGUGCAUCCAUUCAAAGGGGAAGCUUUAAAUCCACCCCUGAUGUCUUUUCCAAGUUCAACAGCCUGUGCUAAACGGGGAUCCUGUGUUAGGAUCAGCCAUUCGGGGUGGACAUAUCACCAUCCAGUGACUCCUGAGAAGACCAUCCUUAGGAGCGGCACACAUCCUGCAAUAAAGCGUCAAGAGCGGCUGGAUGAUUCCCAGAAAAAACAUAUUUUGACGUGCCUCAAGAUGGGAAAGCCACGAUCACAGUCCACGAACAGCAGCUUCUUCCAAAGGAAGGAAAAGACACCAUUUGACUGGGUGACUAAAGAAACAACUCAAACAAGAUGGCAGUUUGUCUAAUCUUACAAGGAGAACCACCACUGUGUCUGUUUGCAAUAUGGAAAGAUUUCAAGUGAGGAAAAAGUCCGCAUGCAAUACUUUUGAGACAAGAGACCAACUCUUAUGAAAGAAGAUAAAGAUACUGGCGGGAACACCCAUUGCAGUGGAAACAAGUUGCCCCAAUGGAAAUAGAAGCUGAGGCUGGACACGGACUACAACAUGAAUCUUUGGUAGAUAUUUCUUUCUUUGCCUCCCUUGUCCAUUAAAUCAUCACUCUUUCAGCCUAGCCUCAUAACAGAAAUAAAUGCUACUUUUCACAAAA